CAAUCUUCACUCAGCUAGAUGUAGUCUUUCCACGUGGUUACUCGUUAUAGGCUGAAAAAUAAAAAAACUUCUGAAAGCUCAUUAGUCAUUACUCUCUCUCUCUCUUUCUAGAAACUUCAAGCUCUCACUUCAUUCAUUUCACUAUUUUGUUUCAGCCCUAAACCUUGUCCACAGCUGGAACUGCAGCAGCUUAUUGGAGCACAACAGGAGAACUAAUAAAAUAUUAGUAUUUAAAUAAAAGAAAUUCAGUCAAAUUGAAUGAAUUUAUUGUUUAUAUGUAGUUGAUAAGAUCUCGUUGAUUUUACUUCCUCCUAGCUACUACAGAUUGUUUUCCUGAUUGCUGGAUCGAUAUGAAGAACAGUUACUGGGUUGUUGCUGUUGUUUUAUUGGGAGUUUCGUGUUGUUUCAUUCAAGUUGUUGAUUCUAGCCCUGGUGAUUCUGAUUCUCUCUACAAGACUUGUGUAGAGCAGUGCAAGAAUACAGGGUGUGUAGGAGAAAACUGUUUUCAACACUUUAGAUUCUCCUCUGAUGGCGUGUCUGCCGAUGGUAAGUGGUACAUGCAGGAACCACUUUAUCUAAGGUGGAAGCAAUGGGACUGCCAGAGUGACUGCCGCUACCACUGCAUGCUUGAUAGAGAGCAAGAGAGAGAGAAUCUUGGCAAAGCUCCAGUCAAGUACCAUGGUAAAUGGCCCUUCAAGCGAGUCUUCGGGAUUCAGGAGCCCGUAUCUGUGGCAUUUUCUGCUUUUAACCUAGCCAUGCAAUUCCAUGGAUGGUUAUCUUUCUUCCUUCUUCUGUGCUACAAGUUGCCUCUACGACCUGAAACUAGAAAACCUUACUACGAAUUCAGUGGCUUAUGGCAUAUUUAUGGCCUCCUAGCGAUGAAUUCCUGGUUCUGGAGUGCUGUUUUUCACAGUCGAGACGUGGAUCUUACAGAAAAGAUUGACUACUCCGCGGCUGUAGCAUUACUUGGAUUCAGCCUCAUUCUGGCAUUUUUACGUACUUUCAAUGUGAGGCAUGAAGCAUCUAGAGUCAUGAUUUCUGCUCCAUUACUGGCAUUUAUUACCACCCAUAUUUUAUACCUCAACUUUUACCAACUUGAUUAUGGUUGGAACAUGAAAGUGUGUGUUGUAAUGGGAGUGACACAGCUUCUCUUAUGGGCUGUCUGGGCAGGCGUAACUCGUCACCCUUCAAGGUGGAAGUUGUGGGUGGUUGUUGUGGGAGGUGGACUUGCAAUGCUUUUGGAGAUCUAUGAUUUCCCUCCAUACAUGGGAUUUGUUGACGCUCAUGCUCUCUGGCACUUAACCACAAUACCCCUCACCUACCUUUGGUGGAGCUUCAUCAAGGAUGAUGCGGAGUUCAGGACUUCAGAACUUGUCAAGAAGGUUAAGUAACUGAUGUUUAUUACACUGUAACCUACCACGAUUGUCUAAUUCCCAUGUUUCCGACAACCACUGUACUCAACCAUACCAACUAGAUACUGGACGAAUUGUAUCAUCAGCAUCAUGUUAGGCCACCCUGCUUCCUAAUUGCUUCUGUAGUUGAUUGAAAUUGUAUCCUAUUUCUUUUUUUUCUUUUUUUUUGUUUUUUCCUCUUAUGCAAAUGAUGUCUCUGAACAUAUUUGCCGAGGGGUUUUCCUUGGAUGUUUAGGAUUUAAGAUAUUCCUGCAAGACAGAUUUUGAUCUUUUUUUUUUUUGUUUUUCCCCAAUGUGCAUGUUAGAUCAUUGGGUUGCUAGUGAUGAAGUUAUUUUGUUUUCAUGUAAAAAAUCCUCAAAAGUCUUAUCUAUUUGGAAGUAUUUUAGACAAGGAA